UGCGGACGGUAGUCAUCUGUCAUUGGGCUCGAGGGAGAGGCGAGACCCCGCUGGGGACUCUUUUUCGUGGCGGAGGCUGCGUUGGACCGUGGACAUUUCACGACGGGGGAGGUGCUGUACGUCCAAGAUGGCGGCGCCCUGUAGGCUGGAGGAACUGUGAGGUAAACAGCUGAGGGGGAGGAGACGGUGGCUCUGAUGCAGACAGUUAACGAAAGGCAGAGGUUACCAGUUCCACACAGCACAAAGAAUUUCCAGCACCGGCUGUCCAGCAGUGUAGACAGGGAGAGGCAAGCGUGCCCAGCGAGGUGACCAUGAAGGACACCAGGUUGACAGCACUGGAAACGGAAGUACUGACUGUCCCCAGAAUAGUCUGGCUGCGGCACCGAUGAGGAGCCCUCGGAGCCCGUGACGCGCGUCCUGGACCCGGCGCCGCGCGUCCGCGGGAGGAGAUGGCCCAGCAAGCCAACGUCGGGGAGCUCCUGUCCAUGCUGGACUCCCCCAUGCUGAGUGUGCGCGACGACGUCACCACCGUCUUCAAAGAGAACCUCAAUUCUGACCGCGGGCCGAUGCUCGUGAACACCUUGGUGGACUACUACCUGGAGACCAGUUCUCAGCAAGUUCUGCACAUCCUGACAACCCUGCAGGAGCCACACGAUAAGCACCUCUUGGACAAGAUGAACGAGUAUGUGGGCAAAGCCACCUCUCGGCUGCCCACCCUCUCGCUGCUGGGGCACGUCAUCCGGCUGCAGCCGUCCUGGAAGCAUAAGCUCUCUCAGGCUCCGCUCCUGCCUUCUCUGCUGAGAUGCCUCAAGGUGGACACUGACGUCAUCGUCCUCACGACCGGGGUCCUGGUGCUGAUAACCAUGCUGCCGAUGAUCCCACAGUCAGGGAAGCAGCACCUGCACGACUUCUUUGACAUCUUCGGCCGCCUCUCGUCGUGGUGCCUGAAGAAACCAGGCCACGUGGCGGAGAUCUCCCUCGUCCACCUCCACACCAGUGUUUACGCUCUCUUUCACCGCCUCUAUGGCAUGUACCCCUGCAACUUCGUCUCCUUUCUACGCUCGCACUACAGCAUGAAGGAGAACUUGGCGACCUUUGAGGAAGUGGUCAAGCCGAUGAUGGCGCACGUGCGGAUUCACCCGGAACUGGUGACCGGGUCCAAGGACCACGAACUGGACCCUCGGAGGUGGAAGAAGCUAGAAACCCACGAUGUCGUGAUCGAGUGUGCCAAAAUCUCGCUGGACCCUACGGAAGCCUCGUACGAGGAUGGCUGCUCCGUGUCUCACCGCCAUGCAGCCCGCUGCCCCCGCCACCCCGCCGAGGCCCCCGCCAGCCCUUACGCCGACACGCCGAACAGCUACGGGAGUGUGACUUCCACCCCUCGCUCCGAGGCCCGGCCCACGUCGUCCAGCACGCCAGGGCAGCUACCUCCGCCCCUGAGCCUCCCUGCACCCCCGCGGCUGUCCACGGAGCCGCCGCAGGCCGCGCUCUGGAGCCCGUCCGUGGUGUGUGGCAUGACCACUCCUCCGACCUCCCCUGGAACUGUCCCUCCCGACGCGUCACACCCUUACAGCAAAGUCUUCGGAGGAAGAGGGACGCCCCUGGGCACCCCCGCCACCUCUCCUCCUCCGGCCCUGCCCUGCCACGCGGACGACUUCGUGCACGCACCCCUCACCCAGUCCUCAGCCGCGCCCCCCCGGAAGGAGGAGAGACCGGACCCGGCCCGGCCCAGCCUGCACAGACAGCAGCACGUCCCGAGCGACCGAGGGCCAGAAGAGCUCUCCGGCAGCAAAGGCUCGGUCACUCUGAGUGACCUCUCGGAGUUCCUGGGCGACCUGGCCUCUGAAGAAGACAGCAUCGAGAAGGACAAGGAGGAAGCGGCGAUAUCUAGAGAGCUUUCUGAGAUCACCCCGGCCGACGCCGAGCCCCUGGUCCCUCGAGGCGGCUUUGACUCUCCCUUCUACCAGGACAGCCUCCCGGGCUGUCCGAGGAAGACCACCCCUUCCACCGCCUGCGGUGUCACGGGUGCCUGCGUGCACCCCGAGCCCUUCAGCGCCUCCCUGGACAAGCUGGGGCCUGACACCCCGAAGCAAGCCUUCACUCCCAUAGAGCUGCCCGGCGCGGGUGCCGACGAGGGCCCCGCCGGGCCCGGGGGGCGCCGGACCCCCCUGGAGACCAGUAUCGUCACUCCCAGCCCUUGCAAAAUUCCGCCUCAGCGGGGCCCGCGCCUGGGAAGUGGGCAGCCUCCCCUCUACGACCAUCUUUUCGAGGUGGCAUUGCCAAAGACUGCCCACCACUUCAUCAGCAAGAAGACCGAGGAGCUACUCAAGAAAGUGAGAGGAGGCGCAGAGGGAGACUGUGCCCCCUCUGCCUCCCCGCUGGAGAUCCUGGACAGGCUCAUCCAGCAGGGGGCCGACGCGCACAGCAAGGAGCUGAGCAGGUUGUCUUUACCCAGCAAGUCCGUCGACUGGACCCACUUUGGAGGCUCUCCCCCCGCAGAUGAGGUCCGCACCCUCCGCAACCAGCUGCUUUUACUGCACAACCAGCUGCUCUAUGAGCGCUUCAAGAGGCAGCAGCACGCUGUCCGGAACAGGCGGCUCCUCCGCAAGGUGAUCAGGGCGGCGGCUCUGGAGGAGCACAAUGCAGCCAUGAAAGACCAGCUGAAGCUACAGGAGAAAGACAUCCAGAUAUGGAAGGUCAGUCUGCAGAACGAGCAAGCCCGGUACAGCCAGCUGCAGGAGCAGCGGGACACAGUGGUCAGCCAGCUGCACAGCCAGAUCAGGCAGCUGCAGCACGACCGGGAGGAGUUCUACAACCAGAGCCAGGAGCUGCAGACAAAGCUAGAGGACUGCAGGAACAUGGUGGCGGAGCUGCGGCUGGAACUCAAGAAGGCCAACAGCAAGGUGUGCCACACCGAGCUGCUGCUCAGCCAGGUGUCUCAGAAGCUCUCGAACAGCGAGUCGGUGCAGCAGCAGAUGGAGUUCCUGAACAGGCAGCUGCUGGUCCUCGGGGAGGUCAACGAGCUGUAUCUGGAGCAGCUGCAGAACAAGCACUCGGACACCACCAAGGAAGUGGAAACGAUGAAAGCCGCAUGCCGGAGAGAACUAGAGAAGCACCGGAGCCACGUGCUGCAGCAGAGCCAGAGGCUGGACACCUCCCAGAAGCGGGUGCUGGAGCUGGAGUCGCAGCUGGCCAGGAAGGACCACCUCCUUCUGGAGCAGAAGAAGUACCUGGAGGAUGUCAAGCUGCAGGCCAGAGGGCAGCUGCAGGCCGCGGAGAGCAGGUACGAGGCUCAGAGGAGGAUCACCCAGGUGUUCGAGCGGGAGGUCUUAGCCUUGUACGGCAGGCUGGAGAAAGACGGACUCCUGAAAAAGCUUGAAGACGAGAAAACGGAAGCAGCGGAAGCAGCCGAGGAAAGGCUCGACUGUUGUAACGACAGCUGCUCGGACUCCGUGGCAGCGCACAGCGAAGAGGCAUCUGGCCGCAACGGUGAGACCAAGCCCCCCAGGCCCGGCGGCACCCGGGGCGCUGGGGGCAGCAGAGGCGGUGGGGGCAGCAGCAGCAGCAGCAGCAGCAGCAGCAGCAGCAGCAGCCAGCUCUCCACCCCGGAGAAACCGCCGAACCCGCGGGCCGGCCCGUUCAGCGGUCGGUGGGAGGGCGCCCUGGGCGAGCCCUCCGCCGGCCUCCCCACGACUGUCGGCUCGCUUCCCAGCUCAAAGAGCUUCCUGGGCAUGAAGGCUCGAGAGCUGUUCCGUAACAAGAGCGAGAGCCAGUGCGAUGAGGGCGGCGUGGCCGCUGGCAGCCUCUCCGAGGCCCUAAAGACAGAGCCGGGCAAGGACCUGGGUGUGGAAGCCAAGACUCCCCCGCACCCCGACGGCCCGCCCCCGUGUCCCCCGAACCCCGACAGUGUUGGACAGCUCCGCAUCAUGGACUACAACGAGACUCACCCUGAGCACAGCUAAGGCAGGGCCACCAGUGUUAGCCUGCGUGCGGCGGGCACGGGCCGGGGGCGGGGCCUUCUCAGCGCUCCUGCUCCCGGGGUUUGCGCGGCGGCUCAUGCGGCGGAAGAGGGAUGCAGGGCCUUUUGACAGCCCACGAAUGCAGAACGGUUUCUGGAUCUGGCAUCGAAUUGCCCCAUAACCUCCCCCCCCCGCCCCCGCCCCCCGCCUCACAGUUUUCCUAGCAGUGCGCACCAGUCCCGGGCCAGUUCGAGUUCCUCAGCAGCUUCGCCCUCUUCCCUCCCCAGCGGCUGGGCCCUUGAGCCAGUGCAAUAUGAGGCCGGGUUUCGAGUCUGACGCACCACUCUGCCCCCCGGAGCCCGGGCGGCUGGGCUGUCCGCCAGCGGGGAGUUAGCCAGGCGACAGGUGGCACCGCAGGAGACUGCUGUGCGCCCUUCCCGCAGGAGGUGGCGCGUGAAGCUGGCAUCCUCACGUGAAGGACACUUUCACAGGAGACUCCGGCUGCUUCCGGCCCUGAAGGCCGGCGUCUGAAGCAGCAGGCGGGAAGAACGGUGGCGUGGUCCCCUCACGUCCCUCUGGGGUCCCGGUGAGCCUCCCGGAAGGUCUUUGUGAGCAGAGGUCUGUCUGUUGCUGGGAAACCUGGAGCUGGCACCGGGGAGGCCGCCGUCCCCUGGGAGGCCGCCGUCCCCUUCGGGGGCCCUGUCCGCUCCCCCACUACCUCUUAUUUAUUCGGCGUGUGCUCGAGAACUGGCGCCGUUCUGACCGCAGGCCGGCGUGUGGGGUGGACCUGCCGUGUGCCGGACGGGGGGCGGGGUGGGGAGCGCUCUCCCAAGACACGUGCGUGGACGAGGAGCCGCCCCCCCCACCCGGCCGGCCCCCCGCGGGUCCCAGCGCCGCCCUGGGGGCCGCUCCUCCGUGGCCCUGCUGCAGAGAGGCUCCGAGGGCCGAGGGCUUCCUUGGCGCUCCCGUGGCCCGCGCCACUCGGGCGGUCAGAGCCGCCUCGCUUUGGCAGCAUCCCGGCCACCGGAAAGGUGACAGCUUUUUACCCCAGUUCUGACUCGAGGGCCGACUCCCCAAGCAGCGGGAGGCUGCUGCCCUCGACGCGUCGGUGGUGGCAGGGUGGGUUCCAGCAGAGCCCUGCCUCGCGGACGCAGGCUGGCGGCCCGCACACGCUCGGGAGAGGGGACGCCGGGCGGGACACAGCGACGGCAGAGAAUCCGACCUCCGCAGACGCUGCUGGAAUCAACGCCGGGGAGCCUGCGGGUUCCUUCCUGGUGCGCCAGCGGCAGGCGGCGAGGAGGGACCGGUGGGGGAGUGCCAGUGAGCCGGUGUUCCUCUCUGUCCUCGGCGCUCACGUCUGGGCGGUUCAGCUGGAGGAGGAGGGAGAAGACGCACGUGACGGUGGGGAUUCUCUCCUCCUGCGGGAAGGAGCUCCGGCUCGGGAGGCCGAGGCCUCUUCGUUCCAAGCGUGGCGGCGAGUACCUGGCCUCCCUUGCCAGGCGGGGCCCGAGGAGGAGGCUCCACGCCACAGAGGCCACGUGAGCAGGACACCGCCCUGCCCGGGGCAGGGCGUGCGGGCGUGGCCGGCGUGGCUGCGUGCACAGCCUGCGCGAGGCUGUCCCCGGGGGUGGCGGUGCCCUGCCGUGUGUUCCCCGGAGGGCGUCACGCCGCCUGCUCGGUUCCCGUGGGUCCUGAGGAGAGGGAACGCCGAGGACGCUCCGGCCGCCUCGUCCAGGCUCCGAGAGAAGUGGAGCAGACGUCACAGAGGAGCUGCCGCAACUCUUCUGACGUGGACCCUCCCCAGGCCCGGGAGGUCAGGGCCCCGGCGCUUAAUCCAAGCCUCGUCCAGAGCUGGCGGGCAGAGGCGAGGCGGCCGUGGAAGGAAAGGACCGUCCCGACACAUGCAGGUUGUGAAAAUGCAGAGAAGAAGGCCGCGAGGGAAAGUGGGCUGGGGCCCCGGCACGUGCCUCCGGCCUGGCGUCUGCUUGGCUUUCCACCCUGGCCGGGGUGGAGGAGCUGCUGGGCUCCGGCCCGCCGCGGCUGCUGCCCCGGCCUGGGGUCACGUGGGAGUUACCAGCCCACAGCUGGAGGCUUCCGUGUUGCAGAGGGCUCGGUGGUCAGGUUUUGCUUGGCUCUAGAAUCGAUGAGCCUGCUAAGAGUCAGAAGGCAUUUUCCGGGACGGAAAGGUGACUGCGGAGGACAUCCCAGGAACCGGACUGGGGACAGGCCAGGCAGGGGCGCGCGGGUAGCACCGGGCUGGUGGGGCUCUGGCGCUCGCACAUGCUGCGCUGGGCGGCCUCUGUCCGGAGCCGAGCGCACUGCCUGGCCCGCGCUGUCUGCCCGGGUCCUGGUCCCGCCUGACACUAACCGGGGUCGGCCCAGACCCUGAGAAGAUGGGAGACCGCCUCCUGGGCGGCGUGAGGUUUAUGGAAGGAUCACUACAGCCUCGUCCGGGGGGGGGGCGGGGGGGGGCAGUGUGGUCUCCACGGGGAAGACGCUCUCCUCCACCUGCUGCGGGUCAGCGUGGGUCUGCAUCAGACGUGACCUGCGGUCAGAAAGAGCAUCGAGCAGGCCCUGCCGGGGCCUGCAGACCGCGCCACGGGCGGAAGAGUGUGCUGGCGCCCGUGAGCAAACUGCCCGGGGCCUGCAGGCCAGAGGGGAAGGCUGCUGCUCGGAGGCCAGGGCUGUAGGGCUCUCCUUGCAGAGGCGGCGGCCAGCCUGCCUGAGAGGGCGGGUGGACGUGACCGCCCUGGGCUUGUCUCAGCUCUUCAGAAGAGAAAACCGCGGAGACCUCGGAGUGAGCGGCUGAGGGUCCCUCCUGGGCUCCCCGAGCAGAGGGAGAGGACAGACGUGCCGCUCUGGGGGCGGGCGGGUCACGAGCGCUGUCUUCAGGGGCGCGGCCCCUGAGAGGCAAGCUGUUCGUGUCCAUAGCGGGGUCCCAGAAGCCACUGACCACGGAACAGUCAGCCCACAUGCCACCUUGGUCGCCGUGGCCAUGCGCUCCCGGGCAGAGAGGACAGCGAGAACCGGAACUCCAGACUGGCCGUCACGCAGCGGCGCUCGGAGUCCCGGCGUUCUCGUGGAGAGCGAUGGGAGCCGCGGCCCUGUGGGAGGUGGUAGUGGACGUGCCCACGGCCACGCAGGGGCCUGGCAGCUGGACUGCGGCCGGCGGGGUUUCCGAGAGGCGAGUCUAAGGACCGUGCUCGCACCAGCCCACGGAAGGCCCCGGGCCCUGGGGCAGACCACGGGACGCCGAGGGAGCGGGGAGCAGGUGGGGGACCCGGCGCUGGGCACGCACCGGCGGGCAGCGGGAGGGUGGACGGGCUGCAGCGGGGUUCGGGCUCGGCCCAGAGCCGCAGUGGAGACGGCGUGCCGCCCCGUGCACACGGACGGAGGCCAGCCCUCGCCUCUGCGUGGCCCCAGAGCGGCCUGGGCCUGCCCAGGAGUGGGGGGAGGGCUGCUCGCCGGGCGGCCUGCGUCGGCACCGCGUGCGCUGCUGCGUUUCACUCCUUGAGGUACAGGCUUUAAGACGAGCCGGCAGUGAUGCUGGGAAACGCACCUGGUCUGAAAACGUUCGUGUGCUUGUUUACACCCGGAGUUCUGUGACCCCCCCCCCACGAGCUGCUGCAGAGGGACUGAUGGCACGCAAGGACGCUUUCCCCUAGCGGCGAGAGGACCGGCUGAGGUCGCGGCCUGGCCCCUGGGCUGCUGCUGUGACCCUUGCCCCAGGCGGCUCUGUCCCCAGCCACGACUCGGCGUGCCCGGAGCGAGCGGUGUUUCCAGCUUUCCCACACCAUCCCGCCAGCCACUGGCAUGCGCUCCCCAGAGAGGGGCGGCUGCGCUGCACGGGCGCCCACCCUGGACGGCGAGCCCUGCCCCCAGGACCACCGCCGGCCCUGGCCCUGACGGGAGUGGCGGAGGCGGCAGUGGGGUUUUCCUCCCCUUCCCCCUCCCCGGUGCCCCCAACCCACUGGAGUAGCUUGGAGGAGACCCCUGAGAGUUUGAGACGCCCUGGGCCACCCCCGCCUCCACGCAGCGCUUGGACGGGAGGGUGCGCGCUGCUCUGCGCGGCCGGCGCGCUGGCUUGUCCGCGGGGCAGCCGGGCAUUUGCACUAGGAAGGAUCAUGGGCCACCCUCCGGGAGCCCUCCGCGGACCCGACACACGCCCCGGAGGAGCCGGCUCCGCUGCCGUGAUCUAGUUUUCGAACCCAAUCAUGGAGCCCGCGUGUGCGGCUGACGUGCGGUGACGAGGUCCCAUCACUGAAAAACAGAUUUUUUUUUUUUAACUGGCUGCUUUUAGUUAAAUUUCGAAAGGUCAUCUCUCGUCAAAAGGUUUAAACCCUCCCGUCUCGAUCGUGAAAGCAUGUCAAGCAAUCCACACCCAAUGCCAUAAACGUGAACCGCAAGGGAACAUGGUACAAUCCUAGCGAGUGGGGACUGGAAUCGAAAGGGUUUGCUGUCCUUCUUAGAAUGUUCUAAAAUGUCGAGGCAGUUGCUUGUGUUUAACUGUGAACAAAUAAAAAUUUAUCGUUUUGCACUA